GUUGUAAUCCAUUUUCCAAUUUGAAUCUCUCUCUUGGUUAAAUCUAGCAAUCUAGAGCCCCCAAACAAGGCCCAAUAGAGUGGCGCUAAGAACAAUUAGGGUUUCGGUUGUCUUGUUCGGUUGUCAGAGUUAAUUGCAUAAACAAGUCUGAUUUCCACGUGCUUCUGGGGACUCUCCCCUUCACUCUCCAUCCCCCACUUACUUCAAUGCCACUCUCUCUCUCUCUCUCUCUGCACCUCACCUCUUUUGAUCCCUCUCUCUCCAUCCUAAUAUUCCAGAGCUCAGUGUAACGUCCAUGGCCGAAACUCAUCAUCCCAGAUAAAAAAGAUUUGAUUUUUCUUCUCUUGUUUGCGUAGUUUCAAGAAUCCAACACAAUUUCCGGUGGUAAAACCAAACCCCACAUUGCAAGAUUGGAUUUUUCCCAUCUGGGCCAUCGAGAAAGCUUCAAAAAACAGUGCUUUUUCAAGAAAUCGAUCAUCGAGGUUUGGCAAUGGUGAUGGAGGUGGUGCAUGAGGAUAUGGGGGAAGGCAGCAUGCAAUGCACGAACCAUCCGUACAAAAGCAGCACCUCCGGCGGGAUCUGCGCCGCCUGCCUUCAAGAGAAGCUCGGGAAGCUCGUCUCCUCUUCAUUCCCUGUCGCCAUUUUCCCUUCCUCCUCGUCCUCGUCCUCCUCUAGAUCUGAUUUCGCCGCCGGCGACCAGCCCCGCCAGCUCGCCCCCUCCUCCGCCAAAGCUUCCGAGGAUGGGAGCAGCGGCGAGUGCACCUAUUACUCGAGGAGGUCAACAAGAUUGCCCUUUGUUUUGACGCAGAAGAAGAAGAGCAAGAAAGAUGGAGGAGUGGCGGUGGGGGGAUCGGAUUCCGGCAGCAUUGUUUUCAAGAGGUGCAAAUCCACCGCAACUCCCAGAAGAGGUAUGCAUUUCUUGGAUGAAAAUUUCUCUGACGAUUAUAGCCCUCAUAGGAGGGGUUUCUGGUCAUUUCUUUACAUGUCAAAGCAUUCUAGUGUUAAAAAGAGUGAGAAAGAUUCAAACUUUAGCACUGUUGGAUCAUCUUCUGUCAAUGGUGGUGGUGGUGUUGGAAGUAAUAGUGGUGGUGGUGGUGGGAUUAGGCCUAGGGAGAGGAAAGGGGAGGAUUUUGUGGUGGUGGAUGAGAAUGGGACCCCUGAUCAAUCUGCAUAUGAUGGGAAAGUGUCAAGAUCCAGAUCUGUUGGCUGUGGGAGUAGGAGUUUUUCUGGUGAUUUCUUUGAGAGGAUUUCGACCGGGUUUGGCGAUUGUACCCUCCGCCGUGUUGAGUCACAGAGGGAAGGGAAGCCCAAGGUUCAAUCUGUGGAUAGGAUGAAUGGCCAAGAUUGCAUCAAGGAGAGGGUCAGGUGUGGAGGGAUCUUUGGUGGAUUCAUGAUCACCUCGUCCUCCUCUUCGUCCUCGUCUUCCUCGUAUUGGAUUUCAUCCUCUGUGGAGGAGAAUUCGAAGGCGAUUAGGCAUCUCUCGCAUGGGAGGAGCAAGAGCUGGGGUUGGUCUCUUGCAAGUCCAAUGAGGGCUUUUGGUAGCAAGCCUUCUUCUUCUUCUGUCAAGAGGGAUAAUAGUAGUAACAAGAAUGUGACACCUAAUUUGGCUGCAAUUCCUUCUUUACUGGCUGUGAGUGGCUGAGGAGGGAGACAGGGGAAAAGGGUUGGAUUUAGUGAGGUAAUUAGCUGAUAUGUUACUAUACAUUUUCACAUUUCAAGAUUGGUGUUUUCAUGUUGUUGCUGCUACUCUGUUUCUAUCAUGUUGUGAUAUGUUAAUCUUAGUUUACUUUUUUGUUGUAGUUUUCAGCCUGGAGUGUAUUGAAUUCUUCCUUGUAUAUCUAAUGUGAUAUUGGUAUUUGGUAUGAUGAUGAUGAGUUUUGAUUUAA